AGUACAAAAAAUAUAGAUUCAGUGCUUCAAUUUUCUAAAUAUUUGAUAACAUUAGGUACAAGGUUGGAUUAGAAAAAUUUAAAGAAUGCAAUUUGUCGUGAUAAUGUGUCAAGGUAAAUCUAUCUAUCAUGAAUGUCGUGAAUGCUCCCUCUGCUAUAUACGUUACAUUAUUGUUUAGACACGAAAUUAUUUAUUUUUAAUAUUUAUUCAAAAAUUAAAUUCUUAAAAAAAAAAAAAACGUGCAAAGUAGGGAAUACAUAGUACGAGUACUGGAGACCUUUCCCAAAAGAUAGCUAAGUUUUAUAUUUCUCUUUACCAAGUCUCUCGAAGUAGACUCGGUCGUAAUUCUUCUUCAAAUAAUGUCUUAACUUAAGCAAGCAAUUCCCGGUGCAUAUAUAUAUAAACACACAAACCCACAAUCCAAUAAACACAUAAACACACAAUCCAAAUAUACUUUUGAUUUUCUCCUUCUUAAAAUAUCGUUUCCAAGAUCGUCGUCAUUUUGUGAAGUACUCUAAAUUUACAGGAGCCCAAUAAUGAGCUGCGAAACAUCGUUCACUAAACCUAGCAGGCCAAACGAAAUUCAAAGGCUGAUAGAUCAUAAAGAGAUGCCUCAAGAUCACCAGCUUGAAAGGCGCAUUGAUAUUCACACGACUCGUUCACGAGGGGGCAGUCUAGUCGAGGAGGUCAUGGAGAAGCUUGAGAGAUUCAAAGUACGUACGGUUAACAUCUUGGUGGGAGGAGAAGAUGACGAACCGAAGAAAUAAAACAAAUUCCAAAUAUUUGAAUUCAUUCAUUCAUUUCUAACCAACAAGACUUUACCUAUUCAUUGCUCUUCGUUUUUCUUGUGAAGCUAUUUAAAAAGUGAAAUAGUAGUGUUUCAAAAAGCCCAAAUUGUUCAAAUAUGUUUAAUUAGACCUUUGUAUAUGUAUGAAUGCAUCAAUUUCUUUCGUACAUAUCAAAGUGUUAGCCUUAAAUAAGCUGUUUGUUUUGGUACAUAUGUGAUUUUGAUGUACAAA